GUUUGGUGGCUCAAAAUUAACGAUUUGAUGAAAGAAGAACCAAAUCAUACCAAUGGAAGGAAGCCGGGAAAGUGAUUUAGAGAAGGAAGAAGAUGACGCUGCGACUGAGAUUUUAAGGGAUAGGUUCCGUCACUCCGCUAUAUCCAUUGCCGAAUCCGAAGCGAAAACAAAUGACAUGGAUAUCUCUCCACCAGUCAUGGUAUGCAUAGCUGAUCUAGCUUUCAAAUUCACGGAGCAGUUGGCAAAAGAUCUCGAGUUAUUUUCACAGCAUGCAGGUCGCAAAUCUGCAAAUAUGGAAGAUGUCAUACUAUGUGCUCACAGGAACGAACAUCUGGCUUCCUCAUUAAGAUCCUUUUGCAAUGAGCUGAAGGGUAAAGAACCCCAAACUGAGAGGAAGCGAAGGAAAGCUUCAAGAAAGGAAGACAAAGCUACAUCUAAUGUACUUGAUAUCUCUUGAUGUGUAGCUCUGUUCUCAGAAAGAUAGGUGUUCAGGAAAUAUGAAAACUUUCCUCUAUUUGUAGGGCGUAGUUUUUUGUUUUUCUGGUUGUUUUCUAUUUAGUGGGAUUAAUUGAUUUACAUCAACCUAGUUGCUUUGUAGAACUAAAACAUAGAUGUAAGGUUAUGAUUUCUCUUUCUCUUGUAUAGAAUUUUGGUAUAUUGGUUCAUCUAUAAGAAUAUUUCCAAACAAUAA